AAGGUGCUUACCCGAGCUGUUCGUGCUCACACACACACACGCGCGCACACCUCUCGUGCCUGCUGCCGGGGCAAGCUGAAGGAAACACCGCUGUGUUUUAGUCGUGUGAGGGGGGUGCACACUCACACACACGCACACGCGCACACACACACAACUGGGCUACGAGUUUAAUCGACAGGAAAAAAUUAAGGACUAAACUAAUCACUUGCAGAUUUUUUUUAAAACCACCGUCACCAAAACUGCACUCGACCGAAAAAAAUACUAAAAUUCGAAUAAAAAUCGCUCUGAUAGGUACAAAAUUGUUGACAGGUCCCUCCGGAUAUAUAGCAGCCCCGAACGAGCCAGAGAACUGAGACAAUUUCGUUUCGGAUAUUUCGAUCGUCCAACACCAUCAGCCAAGAUUUUCAGUAAUUUUGUGGCUGACCAUACGUCACCACGGAGUUCUACCUCUGCACGGAUUCCUUUUGAUUCUCCUAUCAGGUAGAUAACCAAAUCCGGGCAUCAUGGGUGUGGGUGAUGACGUAGCACCCAGGUUCACCCAGAAGCCGGCUCUGAGACAGGAGGACAAUGGUCAGCGAUUGGUCUUCCACUGUGUCCUGGAGGCGUCGCCCAAGCCGGACAUCGCUUGGUUCAUGGGCACCACCCCGAUACAGACGUCUGACAGAACGCGCAUGCGCGUGGAGCCGGCGGGAGGGUCAGCCUUCAACGUGAUCCUGGAGAUUCUGGGAGUGGCCCAGAGCGACGCGGGAACCUACAAGGUGGUGGCCAAGAACAGACUCGGCGAGGUGUCUGCUUCCAUCAACUUGAACUUUAGUGCUGGAGGACAGAAACAGCAGAUUCAAGAUUCGCUCCGAGCCGAGGGACGCCAAAACAUACUUCUUGGUACUGGAGAUUGACAACGUGGCAGCACAAGACGCUGGCAACUACAAGGUCACGGCCAAGAACCAGCUCGGAGAAAGCAACGCCACCAUCAGGCUCAACUUUGACAGCACCAUGAUCUUGCAUAUGCAGCAAGGCAUGGUACCUCAACAAGGGUCCCGCCCGGUCUUUGUGCAAAAGCCUGCCAUACGUCAGGCGGGCGGCAAGAUAAUUCUAGAAUGUCAGCUCACGGCUGACCCAGCCCCGACGGUAAUGUGGAUGUUGAAUGGGAGGCCUGUGGCGUCCGGAGGUCGUAUCCUCACCAAUAUGAGGUCGGAUGGCCACGUUCACCUCCUGUCUAUGGAGAUUUCGCAGGUGACGCUGCAGGAUGGAGGGGAGUACAGGGCGGUGGCCAAGAACGCUCUCGGUGAGGCCACCGCAACCAUCACGCUCAACUUUGAAGGCAGUAAAAAACCACAGAGUGACGGCAAAGCCCCUCACUUCACGCAGAAGCCCACCAUCAAGCAACAACAGAACCUGCUGCUGAUGACGUGUCUACUGGAGGCCAAGCCAGCGCCUCAGAUCCGAUGGUUCCGCGACACGACGGAGAUCGGCGAUGGUGGACGUUUCUCCAUCACCAUGCAGAGAGACCCUGGCGGCGCUGACCUCUAUACCGUCAUCUUACAGAUCAGGGACCCUAAAACAGAAGACGCAGGCACAUACAAGUGUACAGCAGCCAACGAUCUCGGAGAGUCGAACGCCAACAUCACUCUCAAUUUCCAAGGCGGAGAAAAGCCAGGAAAGCCCCCAGGUGGUAUUGCUCCGACCUUCAAGGAGAAGCCGAAAGUUGCUCAAGACCCGAGUGGCAAGAACAUCGUCAUCGAGUGUCGGUGCACAGCCAACCCUAAGCCAGACAUCACGUGGUUCAAAGGAACAGCCGCUCUGCCCACCAGCCCCAGGAUAAAGCCAACGAUCACGCAAAAUGGAAAUGAAUAUCUCAUCAAGCUAGAAAUUUUGAAUUUUACCAAAGAUGAUGGUGGUCAGUACAAAGUCAUUGCCAAGAACGACAUGGGUGAAGGAAGUGCAAACAUCACUAUCAAUCUGGAAGGACCUAAAGUCCCUCCUCCCAUCCUGCAAGGAAAUCCUGAAGUGAAACUGGAUGAGAGCGGCAAGAACAUUAUCAUCCGACAGGGCGUCAAGUCUCCGGAUAUGCCAGAGAUCAGCUGGUUCCUGAAUGACCAGCCCGUCAAGGCGGACCGUCGCAUCAAGUUCGACUGUCCGCUAGACAGGGGGGUCUUCUAUCCCAGUCUCAAGCUCGGAAACUUCACAGAAAAAGAUUCUGGUGUUUAUAAAAUCGUGAUGAAGAACGCUAGUGGAGAGGCUAUGGCCACAGCGACUGUCAACGUUGAUGCUCUGAAGCCCAAGCCCAAGGGAGAAGCGCCCAAGUUCACGCAGAAGCUGAUGCCCAAAGUGGUCAACGACGGAGACCAGGUGGAGUUUGUGGCCAAGCUGACCGGCACGGAGCCCGUGGAGACCCAGUGGACGAAGGACAAGAAGCCCAUCAAGCCUGGCGAUGUCUACGCUGUCUCUUACGACAAGGGCGUGGCCAAACUCAACAUCUCCGAGGUGUUUCCGGAAGAUUCCGGCGAGUAUGGCGUGAUGAUCAAGAACCAGUGGGGCUCCGCAACUUCCAUGGCCAGCCUUCAGGUCAAAGAGCUUCCUGAAGAGAAACAGCAACAGCAAAUUGAAGAAAGCAAGAUGGAAAUUAGAACAAUGUCCAAAAAAAAAGAAGAUGCACCUGAAGAGGUGAAGCAAGUGGAGGUGAAGCCGAAGGAAGAACCACCUAAAAUCGAGGAGCCACCUCCGAAAAAGGUUGAAGAACCCAAGAAAAAACCAGAAGAACCCAAAAAGGUGGAAGAACCCAAGAAGGUUGAAGAACCCAAGAAGGUUGAAGAACCCAAGAAGGUUGAAGAACCCAAGAAGGUUGAAGAACCCAAGAAAAAACCAGAAGAACCCAAAAAGGUGGAAGAACCGAAGAAGAAACCAGAAGAGCCGAAAAAAGUUGAAGAGCCAAAGAAGGUGGAAGAACCUCCAGUGCAGAAGAAAGACGAUGCGAAGAAAAACGCCACUCCUUCGAUUGUGGUCGACGGAGAGGAUGACGCAGGUAGAGUGGGAAAAAACAACAAGGGAGGUAAAAAUGUGAAAAAAGGGAAACCUGCUAAGGAUGACGCAGACUCUGACGAAGAGAAUUCAUCAAACAAGAGAGCGCCGAAAGGCAAAGGUGGGAAGGCGUAUACCAAAAAACCCACGACUAUUUUGGAAGAGCUGGAAGAAGAUAACCUCAAGGAUCAGGAUGAUGAAGAUGCGGGUUAUGAGGCGGACGAAGACCGCACCGGACCCUACGACUUGGAUGACGCGGAUGAAGGUAAAGGCAGCAUGGACUUUUCCAAGGACAAGAAACCAAUCAUGGCCAUCGGCGAGGGUCCAGCCCUGAAGGACAAGCCACAGAACCAGGUGGUCAUGGAAGGUGAUGACCUCAAAGUGACCGUGUCCGUUGACCCCAAGGGCAAGCCCACGCCUGCCAUCAAGUUUUACCGCGGACCUCGUGAGCUCAAGGACGACUCACGUGUGACCAUCAGGACUUCGGGCAACUCGUCCACUCUGUCCAUCAAGAGGUCACGUCUGACAGACGAGGCCAAGUACACGGUCAUCGUGGAGUCUGAGGGGGCCAUCACCGACACAGCCACCUUCAGUGUGUUCAUCAAAGAUCCCAAGGACUCGCAGUUGGACUACAGGGCCCUGCUCAAGCACAGGGAAGUUGCCCAGAAGAAGGAAGACGAGGAAGAUCCAGACUGGGGUAACCUGAAGCCAGAGACAGUGGACAAAAAAGGACGCAGGCUUUCUCAGAUUGAGGUCAUGAAGAUGAGUCUGAAGAAGGUGGAGAAAGCAGAAGGCAGCGAUUCUGAGGAUGAGAAGCGCACUGGUAAAAGCACGGAGGGCUACAGGAGAGGCUCGCGUGCCGAGCAUGAACGCGACCAGAAAGAGAUGGUUUAUAACAGAGAAGAAGAAAAGCAAAAGGGUAGUGGCAGUCGCCGGCAAUCUGUAGAAAUUGAAACCCCAGUGAAGAAACCGUCGGCCGACAAACUGGAGGCGCUGGAGCAGCAGAGAAGGUCGUCCAUGCAGCAACGUCGCGCCUCCCUGGCCGAGGUCAUCCCUGAUUGGCCCACGCUGCAGAAGAGAAAAGUGAUCAAGGAGGAGCCCGACAAGUUCAACAUUGAACUGGAGGACAUCAAGUGCAUGGAGGGAGAGCCCAAGGUGGAGUUUGAGGUGGACUUCUGCAAGCCCAAUGCCACCAUGAACGCUGUAUUCUACGCAUCGUCAACGCCCAGCAAGAGGAUGAGGGCAAUUACUCCUGUACCUGUGGCAAUGCCAAGACCGAAACCAAAGCACAGGUUACAGAACCCGAGUGGGAGUUCAUGAAGAAGCUGGAAGAUGUGGAGGCCGUGGAGAGAGAGAAGGCAACCAUGGAAUGUGACGUCAGUGACCCCGAGGCUGACGUCACCUGGCUCAGGGAGGGCAAGGCCACUCCUGGUGUCGUUGAGGAGCUGAAGUCUGGCGGCAAGUACGAGUUUGUCAAGGACGGCCUCAAGCGACGUCUCAACAUCAAGAACUGCAACAUCAAGGACGACGGAAAGUACACGUGCCGACUUUUGGAGCAGGAGACCACCGCUGAGCUCUUUGUGUCUCGUGCUCCCCUGCCAAGAGCUCUGUGGUCCAAGGACGGCAAACACAUCGAUGAAGGCAACUUGGACACGGAGACCGGCCCCAAGAACACCAAGCUGAGGAUCCCCGCUGCCCAGCGGUCAGACACUGGCCAGUACGAGCUCACGCUGAGCAACGAAGCCGGCGAGGAUAAAGUGCCCAUCAAGAUCACCGUCAUGGAUGCCCCUGGCCGCCCCGAGGGUCCGCUGGAGAUAGUGGACAUCUACGCCAACCGCUGCGCCCUGCUGUGGGACAAGCCGAAGGACGACGGAGGCUCGCCCGUCACUCACUACAUCGUGGAGAAGAUGGACACCGCCAAGGGAGAAUGGGAGAAGGUUUGCGAGACUGAUGACCUUGAGGUGGACGUGAGUGACCUUGAGGCCGGUCACAAGUACCAGUUCCGUGUGUCGGCGGUCAACUCUGAGGGUGUUAGCGAGCAGCUGGCCUCUGAUGGAGCUAUCCUGGCUAAGGAUCCAUGGGACCCGACCAGCCCGCCCGGAGAGCCAGAGGUCAUCGACUACGACAAGGACUACGCUGAGCUCCAAUGGGAGCCGCCCGUCAAGGAGAACGGAGCUCCGGUCAGCGGCUACACCAUCGAGUACCGCGAGAAGGGAGAGGAUGACUGGAAGAAGGGAGUGGACACUGGCCCUGAGAACAAGGGCACCGUGCCGGGUCUGAAGGAGAACAAGGAGUACGAGUUCCGCGUCAUCGCCAAGAACAAGGCGGGACCUUCCGCUCCCAGCGACUGCUCCGGUCCUGUCGUCUGCAAGUCCAGGAAAGUCAAGCCCAGAAUUGAUCAGCGAUCUGUUCCGCAAAACAUCAGGAUCAAGGUCGGUCAGAAGUUCAAUAUUCCUAUCACUUACAUCGGAGAGCCAAACCCGCAAGUGAAAUGGGAGGUCAAGAAUAUGGUCAAGGGGGACCCAGACACAGAAGAAAAACAAGAGAUCUUGCCCCUUGAGCCGAGAGAUGACCUGACCAUCUCCAACAAGCCCAAGGAGUCGACGGUGAACUGCACCAGCGGUGUGCGGAAGGACACGGGAGAGUACAUCGUCACCGUAUCCAACAAGCACGGGUCGGACACUGCCACCAUCAAUGUAGUCGUGCUGGGACCACCCAACAGACCUGGAGGUCCUCUCGAGGUCAAGGACGUGACCAAAGAUGGCGCCACCAUCACCUGGAAGCCUCCAACUGACGACGGUGGAAGCGACCUCAAUGGUUACCGUGUGGAGAAGAUGGACCUGGCCAAGGGCAAGUGGGAGAAGGUGGCCACCGUCCAGGGCAACAAGUGCAACAUCCCCAAGCUGCAGGAAGGUCACCAGUACAAGUUCCGCGUGGUCGCCGAGGGACCCAACGGCGACAGUGAGCCUCUCGAGUUGGAGGAGCCAAUCACGGCCAAGAACCCCUUCGACGAGCCGAGCCGCCCCGGCAAACCCGAGGUGUUGGAUCGCGACCGCACAUUCAUCGCCCUCAAGUGGGAGCCACCCAGCAGCGACGGUGGUGCCCCCAUCACAGGUUACGAGGUCGAGCGAAAGGAGCCCAAGACCAACAGGUGGACCAAGCUCACCAGGACGCCCGUGCCGGAGGCUACGUUCAAGGACGAGAAGGUUCAGGAGGGCAAGGAGUACGAGUACCGCGUGUACGCCAUCAACGAGGCUGGACCUUCGGAGGCCAGCUCCACGUCUGUGCCCAUCAUUGCCAAACCCGCUAAAGAGGCCCCCAAGGUCAAUCUGGACAACUUGUUCGGUGCCAAAGAGAUCCGCGUGCGUGCUGGAGAGCCUCUUAACAUCGCCCUGGGUAUCUGUGGUGCUCCUGAGCCCACCGUAGAGUGGCUGAAGAAUGGAAAACCACUCAGCAACAGGGCCCAAAUGAUGAAUGACGACAAGGAGGCUAAACUGCACGUGCCGGCGGCCGAGAGAGGGGACACGGGCAAGUACACCAUCAAGGUCGCCAACGUGAACGGAGAGGACACCGCCGAGGUUUCUGUGGUUGUGCUAGACAAGCCUGGAGAGCCCGAGGGUCCUCUGGAGGUGUCCGACGUUACCGCAGAGACGGCCAAGUUGACCUGGAAGCCCCCCACGGACACUGGCGGUGCAGAGGUCACAGGCUACAUCGUUGAGAAGUGCGAGGAAGGCUCCAACUUCUGGGAGAAGGUUCCGGGUCUGAUCAACGGCGAGACCAUCACGGCCAAGGGGCUGAAGGAGGGCAAGAACUACAAGUUCCGGGUCAAGGCCGAGAACAUCUAUGGGGUCGGCGAGCCGCUGGAGAGCCAGAGGAUGACCGCCAAGAAUCCUUUCGACACGCCCGAUGCCCCCAGAGAUCUUGAGAUCGGCAAGUACGACAAGUUCUCCGUCACUCUCAACUGGAAGGAACCGGUCAAUGAUGGAGGAAACCCCAUCAAAGGCUAUAUGAUUGAGAAGAAGGAGAAGGGCAAGGACUGGACCAAGGCCACCGUGUUCCCCGUGCCAGAGACGACCUUCAGCGUCAUCAAGUUGAACGAAGGCUCUGAGUACGAGUUCCGCGUGAUGGCCGUGAACGACGGUGGGCCGGGAAAACCCAGCAAGGCAACACCCAAACACAUCGUUCGCGAUCCCAUCUUCCCCGCUAGUGCUCCGUCUCCCCCCAACGUGGACAAAAUCACCAAGAACUCGGUGGCUCUGUCCUGGGCCAAGCCCGCCAACGAUGGUGGCAGCAAACUGACAGGCUACGUCGUGGAGAAGAAGAAGAAGGGAGAGGACUGGAUGGAGUGUGCCACUCUGCCGGCCAAUCAGCUCAACACGACGAUCACAGGCCUGCAGGAAGGAGAUGAGUACCAGUUCAGGAUCCGCGCGGAGAACGCCAUUGGUCCAGGCGAGCCCAGCAAGCCCACCAAUAACAUCAAGGUGGCAGAACAGCCAGAGAAGCCCAAGAUUGACAAGGCUGGCCUGAAGGACAUCAACGUGAAGGCGGGUCAAGAGUUCACCAUCAAGGUCCCCUACAAGGGAUACCCUAAGCCUACAGCAAACUGGACCCUGGAUGGAAAGGACGUCGACGACGCACCAAGGCAAACUGUCACUCUCACAGAUGACCACGCCAUCCUGCACUGUGCCAAGGCCAAGAGAGACGACACCGGCAAGUAUCAGCUGACCCUGAAGAACCCAGAGGGGACAGAGACCCUGUCUCUCAGCGUCAAUGUGCUGGACAAACCUGGCACACCACAGGGUCCCCUCGAGGCCACGGAGAUCGAUGGAGAUUCUCUCACGCUGAACUGGCGUGCACCGAAAGACGACGGUGGAGAUAAGAUCACCAACUACAUAGUUGAGAAGAGAAAGGCCGGCACCAACAGGUGGCAGAAGGUGAGCUCCUUCAUCAACAGCCCAACCUGCCAGGUGAGAAACCUGGAGCCGGGCACCAAAUACGAGUUCCGUGUAGCUGCUGAGAACUCCCAGGGGGUCAGCGACUUCCUGGAGACGGAAACACCGGUGCUUGCCAAAUUGCCUUACGAUGCCCCCGGAGCCCCGAGUGCGCCCAAGUGUGUGGGCACUACGGAGGACUCCAUCACGAUGUCUUGGAAUCCGCCCAAGAAAGAUGGCGGCAACCCCAUCCAGGGAUAUGUCAUCGAGAAGCGGGAGAAGGGAGACGAUCGCUGGACAAAGGCCAACAUCGGAGAUGUCAAUGACACAGAGUUCACGGCCAAGGGCUUGCAGGAGGGCAAGCAGUACGAGUUCCGUGUGGCUGCCGUCAACAACGCUGGCAUUGGAGAGUUCAGCGACGGCAGCGGCAACAUCAAGGCUCUGCCACCACCUGUGGCUCCGAGGAUCAACCGUGACUUGCUGCCCACCGUCAAAGACAUCAAGGCCAAAGUGGGAGAGGAGUUCAAGAUCAGCAUUCCCUUCUCUGGCAACCCCAUUCCCACCGCCACAUGGACUCAGGGUGGCAUGACGGUCCACGAGACAGAUCGCAUCAAGUUGGACGUGCAGCCCGACGCUAUGACUCUCAUCUGUAAAAAGGCUGAGAUGAAAGAUGCCGGCAAAUAUCAGCUGACCCUCACCAACGACAAGGGCACGGACUCCGUGGCCAUGAAUGUUGUGGUUGUCGAUGCCCCCAGCAAGCCAGAGGGACCCAUUGAGGUCAAGGACGUUUCCCCAGAGUCGUGUGUGUUGUCCUGGAAUCCUCCAAAGGCAGCACAGACGCGAUACGGGGAAGAUGGAGGAAGCAUUGUGAGCAACUACGUGGUAGAGAAACAGGACGUGGCUACUGGCAGGUGGGAGCCUGUGAGUCGCUUUGUCCGUGGCACUCACUACGAGGUCAUGGGUCUGGUGGAAGGUCACUCCUACAACUUCCGCGUGAGCGCCGAGAACGAGUACGGUGUGAGCGAGCCCCUGGAGACCACGAUGAGCACUGUGGCGCAGCACCCGUACAUGAAGGGCUUGGACAACGACACAGAGUAUGAGUUCCGUGUCCGCGCCAAGAACUCUGCGGGUCUGGGUAACCCCAGCGACAGCACGGGACCCGUACACGUCAAGCCCAAGUACAGCAAGCCAUCUACUCCUGGAGUCCCAGAGGCCGCUAAAGUGGGCAGAACUUUUGUGGAGCUUAAGUGGGACAAACCGAGGAACGACGGUGGCUCCAAGAUCACAGGCUAUGUUGUGGAGAAGCGAGAGAAGGGAAUGUCCUCCUGGCUCAAGGCCAAUGAGUUCCCCAUCCUGGACAACAACUUCAACGUGUCCGGACUGGCCGAGAACUCAGAGUACGAGUUCCGUAUCGCUGCCAUCAACGCAGCUGGCACCGGGGAGUGCAGCUUGCCUUGCGCACCUGUCAAGAUCAAGGAGAAAGUCGUCGGCUCGGCCCCAGAGUUCAUCAAGAAGCUUCAGAACACAAAGGCUCCCCUUGGUGGAGAGGCUCAGUUCAGUGUGGAGGUCUCAGGCACGCCCAAACCAGAAGUUUUGUGGUUCAAGAACGGAGUGGAGCUCGGCUCCGCCGGCCGUAAUCGCGUGCGUGUGGACGGAGACACGUACACUCUGUUCAUCAAUGAGGUCUACGACAAGGACGCAGGGGACAUAACUUGUGAGCUCAAGAACGCCCUUGGACGAGAGUCAUGCUCCUGCCAUCUGUCGGUGCUGGCUCCCCCCAAACUGGAGAAAGACUUGCGCGACCAGAAGGUCGAUGCAGGAGACCAGUUCAAGGUCAAACUGCCUUUCAGCGGCACCGGGCCAUUCGACAUCAAGGUCAAGAAGGAUGGCAAGGAGGUCAAGGAGGGAGACCGCAUCAAGAUCUCGCCCUUCGACGACUUUGUCACGUUUGUCAUCAAAGAUGCUGAGAGAGAUGACACUGGCAAAUACACCAUUGAGAUCAGCAACGACAGUGGCACAGUCUCUGCCCCAUUCCAGCUCAAAGUUGUCAGCCCGCCCGGAGCACCCACAGGUCCGCUGGCCGUGUCUGACAUCACCAAGAACACGUGCCGUCUGGCCUGGAAGCCGCCCAAGGAGGACGGAGGCGGUCGCAUCACAAACUACCUGGUGGAGCGUCAGGAGAUCGGCAAACCCUACUGGGUCACCGUCUCCUCACACUGCAAGGACACGUCCAUUGAUGUCCAAGGUCUGUACGAGAACAGCCAGUACUUGUUCCGUGUGGCAGCUGUCACUGAGAACGGGCCCGGAGAGUUCCUGCAGGCUGAGAACCCCAUUGUAGCCAAGAUGCCUUUCGAUGCCCCCGAGUCCCCCGGCACCCCCGAUGUCACAGAAGUUGGUGGCGACUUUGUCAGCCUCACCUGGGAGAGACCAAAGUCUGACGGAGGUGGCAAGAUCCUGGGCUACUGGGUUGAGAAGCGUGAGCACGGCACGGACAACUGGUCCCGCGUCAACCACCAGCCCUGCAUUACCAACAUGAUCAACAUCUCCAGCCUCAUCGAGGACCGCCGCUACGAAUUCCGCGUGUUUGCCGAGAACGAGGCCGGCAUGAGCAAACCUUCCAUGGCCUGCAACAGUGUCAAGAUCAAGGAUCCUAACGCUGCUGAGAUCCCCGAGUUCACAAGUGGUUUGAAGAAGGUACAAGCAGUGGAGGGCAAGUCUGCACGCUUUGAAUGUGAGGUCUCCGGUAACCCCAAGCCUGACAUUCAAUGGUACAAGGGAGUUCGCGAAAUUUUCGACAACGACAAGUUUGAGAUAAUCUCGGAGGGCAACAAGCAGAUCCUGGUGGUGCGUGACGUGUACGGCGAGGAUUCUGACGAGUAUUCUGUCCGUGCCACCAACAGGGGAGGCAGCCGGGUGUCCAGGUCUGAGCUGGAGAUCAAAUCUCCACCAAAGAUCAACGUACCUCCGAGGUUCCGUGACAUCUGUACGUUCGAGAAGGGAGAGACGGUCACGCUGAAGAUUCCUUUCAACGGCAACCCCAAGCCCACCGUGAAAUGGAUCAGAGACAACGAAGAGGUCAAGGGGUCAAGAUUCCACGUGGAGGUGACCGACCGUCACGCCAUCCUGACCAUCAAGGAUGCCAGCAAGCAGGAUGACGGGCCAUACCGGCUGCAGCUGGAGAACACGCUGGGCAACGACUCAGCCGUGCUCAAAGUACAAGUCAAUGAUCGUCCUGAUGCGCCACGGUUCCCUGUGGUGGAGAAUAUCCGCGACGACUCUGUUGUGUUGUCAUGGAAACCACCUCUCAAUGACGGCGGCAGCUUCAUCACGGAGUACGUCGUGGAACGCCAAGAGCCACCCAGCGGGAACUGGUUCCGUGUGGCUUCUACCAGGUUCAACUUCCACAACGUAACCGGCCUGUCACCAAACAAAGAGUACUCGUUCAGAGUUCUGGCCGACAACUUCUACGGUCGCAGUGACGCGUGCGAGCCAACCGCUCCCAUCAAGACAGAAGAACCAGAGUCUGUGAAGAAGAAGAAGCAAAUGGAAGAUGAGUUCGGCCGCAAGGUCAGAGGCAAGUACGAUGGACCCAAGAUCAACGACUACGACAAAUUCUACGAAGACAUCUGGAAGAAGUACGUGCCGCAGCCGGUAGAGGUGAAACAGGGCAGUGUCUACGACUACUACGACAUUCUGGAAGAGCUGGGCAGCGGUGCCUUCGGAGUUGUUCACCGAUGUGUGGAGAAAGCGACGGGUCGCGUGUUUGUGGCCAAGUUCAUCAACACGCCGUACCCUCUGGACAAGUACACGGUGAAGAACGAGAUCUCCAUUAUGAACCAGCUGCAUCAUCCCAAGCUGAUCAACCUGCACGACGCCUUCGAGGAUAAAUACGAGAUGGUCCUUAUCCUUGAGUUCCUGUCGGGAGGAGAGUUGUUUGACCGUAUCGCGGCCGAGGACUACAAGAUGUCGGAGGCUGAGGUGAUCAACUACAUGCGCCAGGCCUGUGAGGGGCUCAAGCACAUGCACGAGCACAGCAUUGUUCAUCUGGACAUCAAGCCGGAGAACAUUAUGUGUGAGACAAAGAAAGCCUCCAGCGUGAAGAUCAUUGACUUUGGGCUGGCUACCAAGCUCAACCCUGAUGAGAUUGUCAAGGUCACCACGGCAACGGCAGAGUUUGCUGCCCCUGAGAUCGUGGACCGUGAGCCCGUCGGCUUCUACACGGACAUGUGGGCCAUCGGUGUUCUCGGCUAUGUCCUGCUGAGUGGUUUGUCUCCCUUCGCUGGGGAAGAUGAUCUUGAGACCCUGCAGAACGUGAAGCGAUGCGACUGGGAGUUUGACGAGGACGCCUUCUCCUCUGUGUCACCCGAGGCUAAGGACUUCAUCAAGAACCUGCUGCAGAAAGAGCCAAGGAAGCGUUUGACUGUCCAUGAUGCCUUGGAACAUCCUUGGCUCAAGGGUGACCACAGCAACCUGACCAGCAGAAUUCCCUCCAGCCGCUACAACAAGAUCAGACAGAAGAUCAAGGAAAAAUACGCUGACUGGCCCGCCCCCCAGCCCGCCAUUGGACGUAUCGCCAACUUCAGCUCCUUGCGUAAACACAGGCCCCAGGAGUACCAGAUCUACGACAGCUACUUUGACCGUAAGGAAGCUGUUCCCAGGUUUGUGCGUAGACCACGCAACCAGAUCACAGCUGAAGGCCAGAGUGCCAAGUUUGACUGUAAAAUCAUCGCUGCUUCACCUCCUAUUGUCACCUGGUACAAGGACGACGGUCUGCUAGGCCAGAGCUACAAGCACAUGCAGAAGUACCACGGCUCCGAGUACGAGCUCAAGAUCUCCCGCAUCAAGAUGGACGACAAGGGAGAGUACAUCGUCAGGGCAGAGAACUCUUUCGGUCGCAAGGAGGAGAGGGCUAACCUCAAAGUAGAAGCUGGCCCAGAGAAACCUGCGGCUCCCAGCAGAGAAACCACUCCCAUGAGAAAGAAGCGAGUGUUUGAGGAGAAGGAGUUUGAGAAGCCAAAGGAGGAUGAGAGUCCCAACUUCAACUUUGACCUCCGACCUCGCGUCAUUCAAGCCAACACUGAGUUCAAGCUCAUUUGCUGCGUCAAGGCUCACCCACCACCAAAGGUGGUAUGGUACAAAGAUGACCGUGAGAUCUCGGACGGUACUCACUACACCAUCCAGUACUCUCACGGCAUCUGUACCAUGGAGAUCAGCAAUGCCAAGCCGGAGGACUCUGGCAAGUACACUUGUAUUGCUAAGAACCCGCUGGGAGAGGAGCAGACCACCUGCAAGGUUGUGGUGGAGGACCGCGUCCACUCCGGUGACAGCAAGUCCUCCCAGUCCUCACACACGUCACGCACCGUCAGACGCACAAAGUCCGGUGCCAACUUCGAGGAGUCGUCGAGCUACGAGGAAUCGAGCUCCACCGUGAGGAAAAGCCGCCGCAGUGAUAUCUCCGAGGAGGUCACCACCUCACGCUCUUCACGGAAGUCAACCUUCAGUAGCACCAGUAGUAGUAGUCACACCGAAGGACGAGAAGAGCCCCAGGAGGAGGCGCCCAAGUUCACACAGAACCUGGAGCCAGUGACCGUCAACGAGGGCGAGAAGAUGACCCUGUCCUGCUCCGUGACCGGGAAACCUGAGCCCAACAUCGAGUGGUUCCAGAACGGACAGCUCUUGAAGUCUGAUGAGAUCGUAGCCCUGAGCUUCCGCCGUGGAGUCGCCAAACUGGAGGUCGGUGAGUCCGUCAUUGAGGACGAGGGAGACUACGUCUGCAAGGCCACAAACACGGCCGGCGUGGCAUCCACCAAGGCCAACGUCACCGUCAUUGUGAAGAAAGCUGCGGCCGGCUCUGAGAAGAAGUCUGCUGCAUCCGAGGCCCCGAGGUUCCUGGAGCUGGUUCAAGGACAGAGUGUGUCCGACGGAGACUCAGUCACUCUGCAAUGCAGAAUAGCAGGAAAGCCCGAUGAUGUCCAGUGGCUGAAGGACGGCAAGCCCGUGAAGCCUUCCGACGACUUCCGCUACGAGAACGCCGGAGACGUGUACAAACUGGUGAUCGCCGAGAUUUUCCCGGAGGAUGGCGGCGUGUACUCCUGCCAGGCCUCUAGUGCUGGAGGAAAAGCCACAGCCUCUGCCACUGUGUUUGUCAGCGUUCCGGAAGAAGAACCCACCGUGCCCGUGUUCAGCGCCUUCCCCAAGAGCCAGAGCGUGGACGAGGGAAGCUCCGUGACCUUCAACGCCACCCUGGACAGCCCGUCCACUGUCACAGUGUCUUGGAGCAAAGAUGGCCGCCCCAUCGAGGAGUCUGGCCGCUUCAACGUGUCCCAAGACGGCAACUCUGCCACUUUCACCAUCCCCACCGCCCUCUCGACUGACACCGGGUCCUACACUGUGUCUGCCUCCGACGAGCGCGGUCAGACUAGCUGGACAUUUUCGCUGGUGGUCAGAAUGGGAGACUCGGCGGCCGGGGAAGUCGACGUCCAGCAGUUGAUUAACUCCGUGCAGUGAGCCGUGUAGUGUGUUGUGAGCGUGUCACCACUGAGGCGUGUAAGGAGACAGACCCGCACCUUGGGAAGCAUCAUGAAAGACAACAUCGCAGCAGCAGCAACAUUCUUAUCUCAUCUCGUCUGUCCACACCUACAACUGAUUUGGGAGAUGUGCCGACAAAAUGAGUUACUUCUCAGAUUUUAUUCUGAUGGAAAUAGAUACGUCAAAUUGACAGGUUGAAUUUUUACAAUUUAUUUGAACGAAAUAUCAUAUCAUAAAAGACAUGUUAAACUUGAAGAGAAUGGUAUUGGUUUAGAAUCUACAAACACGACGCUUGUGUUGAUCUUUGGCUGAUAUCUCCAUUCAUGGAUUGCAAAAAGUAACUCAUUUUGUCAGCACGCCUCACAUUUCGAUCAGGGCCCGUGUAGUAAGCUCUGACCCUGAUGAGACGCGGAAAUUCCCAGACACCCUCGAUGCAUGCUUUCACUUUGGCAUUCAUUAUCAACAUGCACGACUUUUUUUUCCUUUCAACAAAGUUAAGAGGGAUCGUCCUGAUCCACUGAUGCAUUUCAUGAUGUCUAAGGGUGUAUUCAGAGUAAUUUGACAGUGGUCUGCUGAUCCCUUUUCUUGGUCCUACAAGAAGAGAAUGAGUAUGGACUUUACACAGUUCCUUGCGUCACCGUUUCUGGAAUGACCUCUCUUCUCUCGCUGCACGCCAGUGGUCAGGUGUUUAUUUUUUUAAAUCAGCCCUACGCAAUUUUGCUGGUGUUUUUUUUUUUUUCUCCCAUUUGUUCCCCCUUGUAAAGGAGAGUCUGAAAGUUGACGAUUUCUUCCGUCAUCACUUCAGCAUCGAUCGAUAAAGUUGAUAAAGUCAUGGUGGGGAUUGUGUCGCGAACUGGCAGGCUUUGCUUUCCUUUAGGGCACAGCAUGCAACUUGUAGUGGCCAAACUUUUUUUAACCAUUAUCAAAAGUUGAACACAUAUAUCCCUUGUGUAAAUUAUUUGUCUUGGCAGUGGUGUGAACAAAGAUGUCCGUUUGUGAUAUAAUGCUUCUUGAACAGAGAACAGAAAAUUAUUUAUAUCAGAACCCUAUAAUAAUAAUGAAAACUACAUUUAUUAUAAUAAUAUGUGUAUAUUUCUUUGUGGGUUAUUGCCACUGAUUCACUAAGAAAAUGUGUUUUCCUUUUGUUUUCAAGUUUUGUUCCAGCACUUCCUUGGUUCCAGUCAUUUGACAAUUAUUGAUUCUUGUACAGUUGAUUUAUUGUCUCACCACGUGUCGCGUGUACGCCUCACACUUGCUGUGUGUGUGCGCCUCCGUUCUGUAUACGACAUCAGCUGAUUGGCCUUUGUCAGUGACGUUUUAUUUUUAGAUUUCAAAUCGAGUGCCUUCCAUGCUAUUAUCAAAAAGUGUUGAUUUAUUUUUUAAUCUAUACAUACAAGUAUAUGGUGGUUUACAUAACAGAUUGCACAAUCAUUUCCUGGAGUUAGUCCCUGCGUCUUAGAAAGGGUUCUUUGUUUUUGAAGUGCUUAAGUAGUUAACCUUGAAUGGUUCAAUGUGGCGUUAAGAAAAUAUGGAUGAAUGAACGAAUGACUAAUGGACUAGUGUUUACAUUUGUGGGGCGAACAAUUGUGAUUUCAAUCCUGUGUGCUUUAUUCAUAUUUAUCAAAAGUUGGCAAUUCUGUUUUGUCAAAACUACAAUAUCUUCCACCUCCAUGGGGAGGGAGGGGCAGGGUUGUGUCUCGCCGUGCGUCUGCAGUGAUCAUGUGGUGUGUCUCGCCGUGGGUCUGCGGAGGUCACAUGGUGUGUCCCACGCCCCCUGGAGGCAGGAAGUAUUGCUCAUUUUCUGUUCCCGCUACUGCUCCCUGGUUCCCAACCUUUGUAACACAUCGCAAAAUAAAGCUGCUGGUUUUUCAAA